GCGCCGUGGAAACUAGAUUUAAUGUAAAAAAGUAGAAAACCGAGGGACUGUAGUUUGUUUGCAGUUUAUAGCUAAGAAACGAGUCGACAACCCUCCUCACGACAAAUUCAAAGGAUUCAUAUAAAAUCUUAAAAAAAAACUUCAUCGAAAUUAUACAGGCCAGUAACUCAAUCAUUUGCAGACAUGGACCUCACUGCAGAAAACCCUGUUCCAGCCAAACGGGCUACGCAACAGGGCCGCAAGAAGUCUGGGCCUAAGUUCGAGCUGACAGAGGCGCAGAAGUUAGACAUAAAGGAAGCUUUUGAUCUUUUUGAUAACGAAUGCACUGGCUACAUUGAGGUCAAAGAGCUUAAAGUGGCUAUCAGAGCUCUAGGCUUUGAGCCGAAAAAAGAAGAAAUCAAGCGGAUGAUCGCGGAGAUUGACAAGGACUGCAGCGGACGGAUUGUGUUCAAUGACUUUCUGCACUUAAUGACUAUGAAGAUGGCUGAGAAGGACACUAAGGAGGAGAUUCUGAAAGCAUUUCGAUUGUUUGAUGACGACGAGACAGGGAAAAUAUCCUUUAGGAAUCUGAAAAGGGUGUCCCGCGAAUUGGGCGAAACACUGACGGACGAGGAGUUACGCGAGAUGAUUGACGAAGCUGAUUUAGACAACGACGGUGAGGUUAACCAGGAGGAGUUCCUGAGGAUAAUGAAGAAAACCAGUUUGUAUUGAAGAUCUAUACCGUUGUCGGGCUUUUGGAUGUCCUAAGAUACAUUCUCUCUUGUGAAUUCUUUCCUUCGUUGGUACUGUAUGAAAUUUAAUGACAUUUUCGAAGGCUUAUAUAAUGAAGUUAUAAGCCUGUAAAAUUCAUCAAUCUUUUUUUUUAAUUUAAUUUUUGGAAAUCAAUAAAUUGAAUGGAAUAUGUAUUUGGUUUAAGAUAAUACAAUAAAAAAUAAGAAAAGGAAGUUAACUUUA